GGCGUUGCCUAGCAGCUAUAUAAGCCACCUCUUGGCCGUUACUCUCCGUGUUCGACGCCGUCGAGGAUCUCGUUUCGGUUGGGGAGGCGGACAGCAACAGUUUUUCAUACCUGAACUGCAAGCUGUUGCUACUGCUAUACUUCAGAAGAAAGGUUUCUUUCUUUCUUUUGGCUUUGCAUUUAAGUGUCUCUAGGCAGAGAAGCAGUAGAUAGGUCAGCCAGUAUAUGAAAUCAACGCAAUAGUUCACCGAAAAUGGAUCAGUGUAGCACAUCAGUUAGUGUCAAAGUGUUCAGGCUUGAGAUCAGUGACGGGUCUCCUCCAAAGAUCUCUCCUGAGCCAGUGCCAGGUACCCCGGAGUCAGAGCCCGAGCCUCAGCCACCCACCCCAGAGCCAGAACCAGAAGCUCCACCUCCACCCCCUCCACCGCCUCCACCACCACCUAAGAAACACAUGGCGGAGUUUGCUGUUGGAAUCAAUGGAUUUGGACGUAUUGGGCGCUUGGUCCUUCGGGCCUGCGUGGAGAAAGGGAUCAAAGUUGUGGCCAUCAAUGACCCUUACAUUGAUGUGAACUACAUGGUCUACAUGUUCAAAUAUGACUCUACUCAUGGGCGCUUCAAGGGAGAGGUCAUGGCAGAGAGUGGAAAGCUGGUAGUGAACGGAUCAAAAAUCUCAGUAUACCAGUGCAUGAAACCAAGUGAGAUUCCUUGGGCAGAUGCAGGUGCCUUGUAUGUAGUAGAAUCCACUGGAGUCUUCCUCAAUAUUGAGAAAGCUUCGGCUCAUUUCCAUGGAGGAGCCAAGCGAGUAGUGGUGACUGCCCCAUCGCCUGAUGCACCCAUGUUUGUUAUGGGAGUCAACCAUGAGAAAUAUGAUCCAUCUAGCAUGAACGUUGUGAGCAAUGCUUCCUGCACCACCAACUGCCUGGCACCUUUGGCCAAGGUCAUCCAUGAGAACUUCGGCAUUGUGGAGGGCCUGAUGACCACUGUUCAUGCUUACACUGCCACUCAAAAAACGGUGGAUGGACCUUCUGCCAAGGCAUGGCGUGAUGGGAGGGGUGCUCACCAGAACAUCAUUCCAGCUUCUACCGGUGCUGCCAAAGCUGUGGGCAAGGUCAUUCCUGAACUUCAUGGGAAGCUGACUGGCAUGGCAUUUCGUGUGCCAGUGUGUGAUGUGUCUGUUGUUGACCUGACCUGCCGCCUUUCUAGAUCAGCUACCUAUGCUCAGAUUAAAGAAGCUAUCAAGAAAGCAGCUAAAGGGCCAAUGAAAGGGAUCCUGGGAUAUACAGAAGACGAGAUUGUUUCGACUGAUUUCAUUGGUGACAAUCGUUCCUCUAUUUUUGAUGCCGCAGCAGGCAUCUCCCUCAAUGAUAACUUUGUGAAGCUCAUCUCCUGGUAUGAUAAUGAAUAUGGGUACAGCUGCCGUGUAGCAGAUCUCCUGAAGCACAUGUACAGCAAGGAAGAGAUUUGAACCCUGAGUCCGAGUUACAUUCCAGGCUAUUCAAUUGAGGGCCUCACCACUUUUAGUCAAUAGAUUCUUUGCUUCAACCACAGAAUCCUAAACACUGCACUUUGUGUAAAGCUUUGUGUGUACGUGUGUGCGUGUAUAUCCGUGAGCGUGAAUCCUUCUUUCCACAGCAGCUUAUUUAGUGAAGAUAAAUUGCACCAAAGUUCCUCCCCGGAGAAGGAGUCUCGUCUCUGGGGUUAUGCAUUGGUUUGUGUGGCUGUAGCGUCUUCAAGAUCUUGCAAGUGUUGAAAUAAAAACCACUGGAGUUAAA